GCGGUGUUGUCUAUGGAUGACGCACAACUCCUAUCAACAACCUUGUAUGAUUUGACGGUGAUGUCCGCAAAUUAUGCAUGGUCAAGAAAUCGUCUGCAACGACUGCAGCAGCAACAAACAUUCUUCAACUUUGUAGGAACACUACGCGGAUUAAAACGUUUGACACUCAGUGGGGGUUGGCCUAUUUGCGAGACGGAAGCAUUCCCUCUUGGAAAGCAAGCCUUACCCGAUUAUUUGGAAUCAUACAUCGGCCCUGCUCAUUUUUUCCGUUCUGCACCAGAGCAUCGUGGAUUAAAGACUGCCGCAUUCACAGAAAGACAUAUAACUGCAGCCGAAUUGCUUCUACAUUUACCGUCUCUCCCUAAUGCCACACGUGUCGCUAUAAUGGGGAUUUGUUUAGAAGAUGACGGUGAUAAUGAAGCAUCUGCAUUGGAUAUUAUUUUCAAGCAAUGCCCAAACAUAAAAGAGUUUUUAUUUGAUUCGGCACAUGUUCCAGUUGAAGGAGCUAUCAGCGUCGUAAAGGCUUUCCGACAAAGUAUACAUCGACUUCAUAUGAUCGAAUACAUCAUCGUCCCACGUAUCAACGGGACUGAUUUACAGCCUUCCGAAGCUUUCAAUCCGUUACAUGAUAUAUGUUCAUCUUUAGUAGGAGUACAAUUUCAAGAAAAGAUGUGGGUUCGCAUGGGCGAACAAUGGAAGGAAACUGAAGUUUGACUUUUAGUUUUGGUUCAUGAGAUACAUAUUAUGAUGACCAUAUUCACUCCCAAAUGUGAUAUUGUAUAGAAUUGAAGUUGCAAACAUACAACAUA